AUGGCCAGCUCGACGGUGAGCCAGGUCAAUGGCCAUGGAAGCGGCCUUCUAUCGUCUCCAGAGCUCGCCAACGGCCACAGCACGAGCACGCCCGGCGGCACCCUGGACCACAGCAACGGCGACGGUGACAGCGACAUCUACAACGCCAGCUCCGUGGCGGCCAUAAAGGCGACGCUCUCGCAGCUGCAGGAUCGAGAAGCCCUGGUGACGGCUCGUCUCGAUGCCCUGGUGGCCUCGCAAAAGGAUCUCUCGCGUGAACUCGGCCGUCUCGAUCUGCUGCGUGCCCAUCUGGGGACGCAGGCCAGCACCACCCGCUCUAUCAGCCACGAGAUGCUGUCCGGGGCGGCCUCCUCUGCACAUUCGCUGUCGAGCGCCGUCCGCAAGCUGGAUCUCGAGCAGUCCCGCGUCAGAUCGAUACUAGACAUGGUCGGGCAGGUUGCAGAGCUCAAGGCCUGCGUGCUGGGGGUUGCGGGCUCGAUGGGGGCCUCGCAGAACUGGGAGAUGGCGGCCUCCUAUAUGCACCGCGCAUCCAAGAUACCGGAGGAAGUGGUGAACAGUCCCUUUGCUGCGGAGAUUGUGCCUACAACGGAGGUGCCAGAUACCCCCAAUGUGACGCUGUCGAAUGCAGCCGAGUCCCUCUGUGCGCUGUUUCUACGGGAGUUUGAGCAGGCCGUGAAGGAGAACGACGGGGCCAAGAUCACUCGGUUCUUCAAGCUGUUCCCGUUAAUCGGCAAGUCAGACGUUGGCCUUGACGUGUAUGGCCGGUAUGUGUGCCAGGGAGUGGCUGCAAGAGCUCGCUCGAACCUCAAUGCCGGGACGGGGGGAGCACAGGCAAAGGAUGACUUCUUCUACGCCAAUGCCUUGACCAGGCUGUUCGAACACAUUGCUCAGAUCGUGGAUGCCCAUGGAGCCUUGGUUGAAAGACACUACGGCCCGGGGAAGAUGGGUCGAGUGGUGGAGCGGCUACAGGUCGAGGCGGAUGUUCAGGGGGGCAUCAUCCUGGAGUCAUGGGCAGAGGAGCGUCAUGUCGACCGCAAACUGACCGAUAUCAAGUCGUAUGCAUUUACGUUCUUGGUCCAGAGUUUCCUGCCGGCUGCCAGGGGUGCUGGUACUCCGCGGUCGAAUUCUCCGGCGAGCUGGGAUACGCCGCAGCGGAACAGUGAAGACGAAGGGGUUGAUAUGAAGGAGAUUGAUUCCAUAUUAAACGAGAUAUCAAUCAUGCUUGGCCGGUGGUCUCUCUACGGAAGGUUUCUAGCUAGUAAAUGCAAG